AGUAGGGCCCGGCGGUGAACAGCAAAGCUGGCGGGGUUACGUCUCCUGUGGGGAAUCUUUUUGGGGGUGAGGUAAAAUGGGGAGAGUCUUGCAUCGGUGGAGAGAAACUUAGGGCCUCAGCCUUACCCGGCCAGUCCUCCAGCGGACGUCCGCUACCAUGGCGACCCUGCUGCGCCGGGCCCUGCGCCCACUAGGCGGGCUCCCGGGCGGUCCCUGGCCUACGGCAGAUGUGCCCCUCCGGGCCGGCAGCCAUGGCGCUGGCCUGCUGUACCCGGACCACAUCCCCACCUCCCCGCUGCAGAAGGCGCUGCUGGCCGCCGGCUCUGCUGGAAUGGCGCUCUACAACCCCUAUCGCCACGACAUGGUUGCAGUUCUAGGAGAGACCACAGGACACCGUACCCUGAAGGUCCUCAGGGACCAGAUGAGGAGGGAUCCAGAGGGUGCCCAGAUCCUACAGGAGCGUCCUCGGAUCUCACUGUCCACCCUUGACUUGGGCAAGCUCCAGAGCCUGCCUGAAGGCUCGCUGGGCAGAGAAUAUCUUCGUUUCCUGGAUGAGAAUAGGGUCUCCCCAGACACCCGAGCACCCACCCGCUUCGUGGACGAUGAGGAGCUUGCGUACGUGAUCCAGCGGUACCGGGAGGUGCACGACAUGCUCCACACACUGCUCGGAAUGCCCACCAACAUCCUGGGAGAGAUUGUGGUGAAAUGGUUUGAGGCUGUCCAGACCGGCCUGCCCAUGUGCAUCCUCGGUGCAGUCUUUGGACCGAUCCGACUCAGUGCUCGGAGCCUGCAAGUGCUGGUCUCGGAGCUGAUCCCCUGGGCAGUUCAGAAUGGGCGAAGAGCACCAAGUGUCCUCAAUGUAUACUAUGAGCGGCGCUGGGAUCAGCCCCUGGGGGCUCUGCGGGAGGAACUGGGCAUCACAGCUCCACCCAUGCACAUCCGGGGCAUGGCCUAGGCCCUGAGCUGCUGAGCCAGGAGAGUCUGGCCUGCCUCUCCCAUCUCCUACUUCCGUUGGGGACAAAGGGCUCCCUUGCCACUACCUUUGUUCUUUUUCUUUGAACACUAACCCUUGAACAUCAUUUAUCUUAAUUUGUCAUAACCACUGCUGAGUGACCUUGAGGACCAACGAAGGAGGCAGCAGGCAUUACAGUGGGGCUCCCAGAGGAGCCAGGAGCUGUCCAAAGAGAACCGCAUAGAACAGCUAUCAACUGUCUGGGCUUGUGUUGGGAUGUCUCAGAUCUGCAACUUCUGUUCUGGACUCACCUCCUCCAGCCAGGGUUUUCUGGGGGCGGGCUGACUGUCCUUGCAAGGGUAAGGGCUACACCCAAUUCCAAAGGCCUGAGAAGAGGGAGGGAGAGGAGGUGGCAAGUCUGCUAUCUGAAUAAAGGCUCUAUCAGGUCAA